GCUGUAAACGCGUACAAAUUUAUUAAAUUCGUACUUAACUGUUUGCUUUUGUGUGCAUAUUUUAUUAAUUGUAUUCGCUUUUAUUGCACCUAUCAUAGACGAGAUAAGCAUGCGUGAUGGAUGAAGGUCUAAGCUUGUACGAUUGCAUAGUAGAAGGCUGGGAAAGAACACAGACAGAGAAUGGAGUACCAUACUUUGUUAAUCAUACCACUGAGAACACAUCAUGGAAUCAUCCAUACUGGCUGAAGAUUGUUGAGGACAUGGCCAAGCAUGGGGAUGUUAAAUAUGCUGCAUACAGGACUGCUAUAAAGGUUCAUCAUAUACAGAAAUGCUUGAAGUUGCAUAUGGUGGAUCUCUACACCAUUCAACAGGAAUUUGAGGAGGCGGGACUUGCAACAGGAUCCCAGGACACCAUUGGCUGUGAUGACCUCCUAACACUGCUCAUUAGCAUAUUUGGCCACACCCAUUGCAGUGACAGACAGCUAGGAGAGGUGGAGCUACUUGCUGACAUUACUUUGAAUCUCCUCCUGAACCUUUUUGACCAAAGCAAGCAGGGUGUGGUCUCAGUGAUGGGUGUGAAGAUUAUACUGGCAGUACUCUCAGCAGGGAAACUCACUGACAAGUACAGAUUCGUAUAUCAGGAAAUACAUGAUCCCAGCACGUAUAUACAAGACAGGAGCCUGGGCUACUUCCUCAAUGUAUUGAUGAAACUGCCUGAAUUUCUGCACGAAAGUUUGGCCUUUGGAAGAUCUACAGAACCGGCCAUAACUAGCUGCCUUCAAAUGGGUGCUAACAGUGGUGGUAUUACAGAGGAAGUGUUCUACCGUUGGCUACUGAAGGAACCCCAGACUCUUGUGUGGCUGCCUACCAUGCAUAGACUAAUUGCCUGUCAAAAUGUGGAGCAUGCUGUGAAAUGUUCAGUCUGUAAGACGUACCCAAUGAAAGGCUUCAGGUACAAGUGUUUGAAAUGCUUCAACUUUAGCCUGUGUCAGUCAUGUUUCUUUACUGGCAAAACGAAGAAGAGCCACAAAUCCAAACACCCGACGCAGGAGUACUGCACCAAUUCAACUGCAAAAGAUGAGACAGCAGCUUUCGUGAAGACUUUGAAGAAUAAUUUGAGUCGCAAACAGCGUAGGAAAUCUUGUAUCAAAUAUCUACCCAUUGAGGCCGAUAAUCAGUACACCAAUAUGGCAUGGUCUCCAGGUAAAGAAGAGAGUGGUGUUGAUAUUCAUGCCAAUAUUUCCCAGACUGCUCAGCGACUGGCAGAAAUAGAGAAACGAGAGGCAUCGGUGCAGACAACCCCCAUACACAAUUUGCAUAUACCCAAUGUCACACUGUUCAAGGAGAAUAUUUCCCCCAUAUCUCCAAAGAAUGACGGUCUUCAAAAACAAAGAGAUGAACUCAAUGCUGUCAUUGAAAAACUGCAAGAAGAAAACAGAGCUUUAAAUGAGCAGUUGUGCCGGAUGGAGAUUGAAGAAGAGGAUAUGGGCAGUGACUUGUUUGACAGUCACCCAUCUUCCUCCUUCUCUGACAGCAAGCCAACGUCACCAAAUGCCACGCUCGACAUGAGGCACAUUCACCGAAUCUUACGGGAGACCCAUAACCUGCCAAUACGAGAGCCCCUCCCACAUGAGACCACGCCCAUCUAUCUGAGUGUGCCGCUGAUCAGUGUUUCUGGUUUCCACAGGGAUGCAAUGUUUGGCAGUUCACACAACUCUCCUUUAAGAAGCAUGCCUCAGCCAGAUUUCACCAUCCUUGACCUGACUCACUCACCUUACUCCACCCACUCUACACAUUCAACAUUCCCCACCCACUCCACAUACCCCACCCAUUCCAAAUUCCCCAACCACACCACAUACUCCACCCACUCCACUUACCCCACCUACUCUACUUGCCCCACCCCCUCGCCAGCAAGGCAGAGAACUCUAGCGGACAGCCUUGACUGCCUGGAUACGAGCCCCAGCAGGUUCUCUCUACCAUCGCCAGCCAAGAGCUCCGAUGAAUUCAGUGCAGAAGAGGCGGAACUGAGGGCACUUGUGGAUGAAGCUGACAGGAAAUUCCCGCUGAAUUUGUCUUAUGGUCGACCUGUCUCGAGUCAGAGUAUUGAUGAAGACGAGAUGCUACGAGCAGCAAACUCCAUACGCCAGGCCAUGUCCGACUUUGUGACCCAGGCUGUCCACCCACCCAUGCUUCCUAGCCUUGAUCUGAUCAUACCUACGUAAAAC